AAUGGGUUAACACCCGAGUUCGGUAGUGCUUUACGCCAAACAAUAGAGGCACGUAUUUGGGAAGUAAUAGUCAUACCAAGGCCACUAUCCCAGGCGGGUAAUGUCCAACAAAAUUCAGGUGCAGGAAACAAUCCUGCACAAUUGCGUUUGAAAAUGCGUACUGGCAUCGGUGGUAUCGAGCGUUCCAUUGAAGCCAAGGCAAAAGAGACGGAUGAAAAUAUUGCACUGGCUUUUCAGGACCUUAAUGUACUAAUGGCCAUGGCUAAAGAUAUGGUAGCCAUAUCUAAGGUGAUAAGCACAAAGAUACGCGAACAAAAAGGGGAAAUUUCCGAUGACGAAACGGUGCGUUUUAAAUCCUAUUUGUUGAGUUUAGGUAUAGACGAUCCAGUGACACGAGAACAUUUCUCCAGUAACUCUGAAUAUUUUCGCAGUUUGGCGCAACAAGUAUGUGAAUUGCUUCUGGAUCCCAUUGAGGAACAAGGUGGCAUGAUGUCGCUUGCAGAUGUUUAUUGUCGUGUAAACCGUGCGCGCGGCCUUGAGUUACUCUCACCAGAGGACUUACUACACGCUUGCGAACAACUCAAUGGUCCCAUAAAGCUGAGAAAAUUUCCCAGUGGCGCUAUGGUACUCCAGUUGGAAUCUCAAGAUGAUGAGCUUGUAGCGGCAGAUACGUUGGAAAAGGUGAAAGAGGCCACAUCGUUAGCGGUUGAAGAGCUUGCCAAACAGAUGGGUAUUUCUUUGCUGUUGGCAAAGGAGCGGCUAUUAGCCGCUGAGCGUUUGGGUAAAGUGUGUCGCGAUGAAUCGUUAGAAGGAUUACGCUUCUAUCCAAACUUGUUGCUUCAUCGUGACAAUGAUAGCUAAGAGGUUGAAGUGUGGAAAUGGAAUUACAUAUUAAUAUCUAAAUAGUAAAAAUGCAAAACAUAAGUAAAUAAAAUUUUUAAAGCUUUCUCAA